UUUUUCCGAUCCACGAUCUGCCUGCCUUCAUUCUCUUUGCGAGCAUUCUCCUGCCUUGUUUCUAUGCUGAAGAAGGGCUGUAGUGGGUACACUCUGCAGGUUCAUGCAGUGGGGUUGUUGCAUGUUUGUGUUUGUGUUUUUUUUUUUUUUUUUUUUUUUUCGGGUUGUAGUGUUAAUUUGUAGGGUGAGAAGGUGGUGGAGGUCGUGGGUUGGAAUUUGAUCCCGGGGGGAGGACGUAGUAGUAGCCUCGAAGGUUCCUGGCACGGGUGCUUGUGAGAAGCAAGCACCGUGUUGAGAUGCAUUUUCUUGUUUCUAUUUUAGAGAAAGUUGGCGUUGCAUGAUUAGGACCUGCGAGUGGGGCUGUGUGUAGUGGGUGGGUUGCGGGAUUGCGAGUCGCUUUGAUAAGCUCCCCGGGUGCGGUUCAAAUUUUGGCUUUUCCUCCUGUGUGUGGACGAAGGCGUGGUGUGGCAUUUAGGGUGAGCAGACCUCACAUGUGCGACGACAUGGCGUUCAGCUAUUCAAGAGAGUAGGCCGACGAUCGAAAACGAGGCUGGCCAAUAACAUUUGAAAUUGGAACUGGGUUUGCUAGCUUUCCGGCAGAUUUAGCCUGCCUCCUACUCUGGUGAAGAUGGGUGCCAUGGAGGUUUUAGAUUAUAGCAUUACUUUGGGGAAGAGAGACAGAGAUUAUGAAGUUAAGGAAGCUGCAAGAAUGGGAAUAGAGAGCGCGCGGAGACUGCUUCAGUCCCUCACGCAUGCGCAACCCGCAGUAGUAGAUGAGGAAUGUGACACAAUCGCCACUGCUGCCAUAUCCAAAUUUCAGAAGGUCGUGUCUUUACUGGGUCGCACUGGACACGCAAGGUUUCGUAGGAGAGCGCGUGACUCUACGGUGACGGGAUGCGCAGGCGUAUUUUUAGAAAGCUCAAAUUUCUUUACGGAUAAUGCGCAGGUGCUGGAGCCAAGAGAUAGACCCGUCUCUUCUGGCCAUGCCAGCCCGUCCCCGUCCCCAUUCACGCCGAUAGCCUCAUCAAAACCUCCGCAAUCGCCUGAACUUCAGCGUAUCCUAUACCAGGUAUUUCCUCAAAGCUCCCCUACUUCAGCUGGCGAGGCAUCCGUCCCGAGCGGUUCAACCCACAGUAUACUCCACCCCACGCCGAAAGCUCACCACCUUCUGCAUAGUGUCCAACAGGGGCCAAUGCAACAAAGCCUUCCAGAGCAUAUAUUACGUCCACUAGCUGCUGGGUAUCGGCCAGUGCUUCCACCAAAUCUUUUCAAUAAUAAGCAUGAUGUGAGCAACAAGGGCCCUAGCCCUGGCAACAGUUCGUUGAAUUCGGGGCCUCCGGAAUCGGCGACCACCGUGUCCUUCUCUAACAUGAGCGUGGAUAGGAUCAGCCAGCAGACGGGCAAAUCACUAGAACAGCCUUCGCCGUUGCCUCCGCGCCCCCAGGCGUCAAAUUCCAGGAAAAGGUGUUCUGGCAAAUCUGACGAAAAUGGCGCAACAUGUGCAAUCCUUGGCCGCUGCCAUUGCUCGAAACGCAGGAAAUUGCGGUUGAAGAGGACAAUCAAGGUGAGAGCAAUCAGCAGCAAAUUAGCUGACAUACCUCCGGAUGAUUACUCGUGGCGCAAGUAUGGCCAGAAGCCUAUCAAGGGAUCACCGCACCCAAGAGGAUACUACAAGUGCAGCAGCAUACGCGGAUGUCCAGCCAGAAAACACGUUGAGCGAUCCAUGGAAGAUCCAACGAUGUUAAUUGUCACAUAUGAAGGCGAACACAACCACCCACAAUUAUCUGCGAAUGGUGGCUUGACGGUGCAGUCACAUUAGAGAAGCAUGUAUAUUGCAGUAGGGUUACAGGCUCAUUACCUACAUAGAGAGUGCGCUGAAUCCCCUCGUACUCACGUAGAAACUUUGAAAUCGUGUCAAGUAUGUACCCAUUUUGUACUCCAAUUUUUUUGUAAAGUAUACUCUGAUUUCCUUUUACAAAUUCA